AUGGAAAGAGAAUUACCUAUAGAAGAUAAAAGACAUAGCACGAGUAGCAAUAGCACUAUCGAAUCAGAACAAGGCUCACUUUCUGCAGAUACCCGCACGUUCCCUAGAUUUGAAGAGAUUGAAUAUGAAUAUUCUAAUGAAUUUGACGAAGAUGAAUCUACUCCCAUCUGUUGCUGUUGUCCUUGCCUCAGAAGAAAAUCAGGACUAAAAAAUUCGUCGUCUAAACAGCUACACUUAAAUAAGUUAGCUGCGAAUAAACUCAUGCUAAAGAAGUUCAAGAAAAAUUCUUAUAGUGUUUCGGAAAUAGAAAAAAGUUAUGGUACCGUGGAUACAUCUUCAAGUGAUAGUCAAGAAGAUAAAGAGCAGGAAUUGCUUCUUGUACCAAAUUAUAUUGAUAAGAUUAGGGAAGCAACUUAUCGACGCGAACGUGCUAAAGGUCACAGCAACAUCUAUAAAUCGCGAUUUAAGAAAGACAGAAAAGAAAAUGAUAUAUAUCCGCCUCCUUCUUCAAUAAAAUCUCAAGAAAAUCUGGAUUUUAAAGAUCAAAUUAACGAAGAAAGCUUACUUAAUCACGGAUAUUAUGGCUCAGUAUAUAUCGUUAAAUACGGUAACGAUAAAGCGAUACUCAAAAAAUGGGGUAAAGAGUUUACAACUAUUACUGAGGAGAAUAGUAGCAUUGUUGAUUACCUGUUGACGUUAAACCAUCCAAACAUCCUACCAAUUCAUUGUUACUGCGUAUCAGUAGGCGGCGUUUUAGAAAAAUUUGCAAUAUCUUCUUUAAGAUCUAGAAUAUCGAUAGAGGCAAAAGAAAAUAUUUUUAAUGCCAUCGAACGUCUAAAAUCCUUAUUAGGUACAAUAGAUGGAAUCAUUUUCUUACACAGUAAAAAUGUUGUUCACAACAACUUGACAAGCAAUAAUAUCUUAUUGGAUAUGGAUGGUACUGUGAAGCUUAGCCAUGGAUGCAUGGAAAGUAUUAUUUUAAGUCAUGGAUAUCCAAUCGUUAAGCGUCCUCUAAGAAAAUAUCCAGAAAAAUUAGGUUACUUCAGUACUAACGCCAUUGCGAACGAUAUAAUCAAAUCGAAUGAUAUUUACAGCUAUGGCGCCGUUCUACUGGAAGUGAUAACUGGUGAGCUUCCUUAUGCAAGUGACAGAGAACCGAUUUUACUGCGAGAAUUACUGAAUGACUUCGAGAUAGCGAACUUGAAAGAUUCCAGGAUCAGAUGGCCAAAGUAUCGAAAAUCAUUUAAAGGAAUUACACAUGUAAAGACUAUGAGGAAAGAUCUACUAAAUUUAGCGAAAACUUGUUUAAGACAAGGUACUGAAGUAAAAAGUGCAUCAGAGGUCAAAGAAAUAUUGAGUGACUUAAUCAAGGAGUACAACAUCAAAGGAUUGUUCAGUUGA